GCCCUCGGCACAGAGCCAUUGGCAAGCAGAAAGUCUGCGAGUGCGGAGCUUCACUCGUAAGUACUGUACGACCGGGACGGAUCAAGCCGCUUCUACGUAGGAUACGCAAUCGUCUUUGGGAAGGAGGAGAGAGAGAGAGAGAGAGAGAGAGAGAGAGAGAGACUUCGAGCUUGAUAUCAGCGCUUUGUGCCAAGAUGUUGUCAGACUGGCUGUGGCUCCUGGCGUUCGGCGCGAUGCUCGUGGCCGUUCAGUCCUUGCCCGCCGGACUCUCGACUUCCAGCGGCAGUAGCAGCAGUGCCGACGAGACCAAGAAGACCGAGCAGACCAUGAGGCCUAAAGGAACGCUUAGCAACUCGGGCCUGGACGACGUGAGCUCAGCCCUUAGCGACGUCGAGCAGCAACAGCAGCAGCAACAGGCGGCCAUAAUGGCCAACAGUAACAAUCAUCCCAAGGCUCUGCCCAGUGGAUACAUGAUGGAUCAGCCGGUUAUGCCGCAGCACGAGAAGAGCUACGAAUACGGCAAGGUCCUCGUUAAUGAAAUCGGGGACGUCAUGCCGCGCGGCGCGUGGGAGUUGGUGCCGCCAUACGGACGCUACUAUGGCCUUAGCGCGGAGGAUCGUCGCAAACGCAGCGAGGAAUCGUCCAGCAGCAGCAGCACCGCUUCACCAGCAGCAGCUUUGGUAUCUUCCCAGCAGCAAACCGCCUCCGUGUCGUCGGCUACUCAGCCAAAGAGGAGCAUUCCAUCUUACUAUCAGGAGCCUCGCUACAAGCGCGAAUUGGAUCUCGAUCCCGAGGACUUGAUCACUUUCCUCACUCUCUACGACAACGAGCGCAGGAAUCGUCAAAACUGGAGGAACUACGGUAACGAGGAGUACGAGGGGGCGGAUGACGACUCCAACAUGAUUGGUCUCGACGACGAGGACCCGAGAGGUAGCUCGUGGCUGGACAGCCAGCAAUACGGCCAGCCCCAACAGGCCCAGCAGCAUCACUACCUCAGCGGCGAGCCCCUGCUCAGCUCGGAAUUAGCCGCGUUGGCUCGAAACAGACCGUCAGCUUCGUCGGGAUACUAUGACCAGUAUCUUGGCCAACAGUACGGCACUGCGGGACAGCAGUACGAGACCGCGCCUCAGGUCCAGUAUGGAACACCCCAGUAUGGACUGCCGUAUCUCCAGCAGCACGCUUCGUACUACUCACCCGAGAAGAGGUUCAUGGUCGCCAGGAAGCGAUCGCAGAACUACGAUUCAUACGGCGGUCGAAGUGGUCUCCUCCUCAACUCCAGAGGCUACCCAAGCUACCAGCAUCGUCUGCUCUACUAAGCAGUUGAACUGCGCAUCCAUCGUCGCAGCCAAUUAAAAUACUGACAAGGAGCGACGUUGUCCACAUCCAACGACGCAUGAUCCAAGCCACCGAUCGACGAGAUACGCCCGGAGGAUCUGCGAACGGCGACUUGGGACAUGACGAUGACACAUACACACAAACACGAACAUAAACACACACACAAAUAUACACGAUGGAGAAAAGUUGUCUGCGAAGUUAUAAUACAAAAACCGACCGGGGGGCAUGUCCCUGUACCGCGUACAAUUAUUGCGUUAUUCAGGCAAACGAACGGGAUUUCGUUUUCACAUACAUAUCUCGAGCCGAGUUUCUACACUCGGUCGUAAUUUUUCUUUCGAGUCGAAUCAGAUUACCAGAUAUAUAUAUAUAUAUAUAUAUAUAUAUAUAUCAGGUAAACAGGCAGUUAAUUCUACAUAUACAGAGAAAGGAGGCUUAGUGUAAUAGACAUACAUAGUACCUCGUCGGGUCAUAAAGUCGUGGGAUUCCCAAAAGCCCGAAAAUCGAGUCCAUAACUCGACGAGGAAUAUUUUCAAAAACUCGAGAUGUAAGCGCAGUUGUAUUACCGUUAGAUGUGUGGGUAACGCAAAAUAAAGUCACUUUCUUUACGUUGCGAGGACUAAGCGAAGCGACGCUCUAUUCUUCGAUGAUAUGCUGUAUCAUUAUGUAUCAUACGCGUAAUAUGCAUCUAUACUUGACAUAAGUAUUCCAAUUUUACUGUGUAUUAUACCUAUAAACUAAGAUUUUUUUAUCUUUCUUGUACACAUCAACUAGUCUUUUCAGAAAAAGGCGCGAAUUGUCGAGCAUAAACAAGCAAGCUGACUUUCGGAAUGAGUAAUAUAUUCAAAAUGAAAUAGCCUUGUGUAUUUUUCAAUUCAUUUCGAUCGCUUCGCUUCGUACGUUCGAUGUGCAUAUACACAAUAGACUUCUGUAUAAGCGUUUUACAAAUGACCGAUCCUCACGUCUGUUAUAGCCGGUGUAUUGAUGGAAAGCUGUGUGAGAAAGAUAAUGCGCGGGUUUCGUUCAAUGUUGAUCUCAGAAGACAUAAUUUUGUGUACGAUAUGUUAUUAUACCAUGAUUGUCUCACUUUGAUUUACGAUAAAUUUACCGAGUUUUGCAUGAAAGUCAAGGGUGUGUGAAAAUUUCCUGUUGCUAGAUUUUUUAUUACGAUUAUUUCGAGGCUCGUUUCAUGGAUUCGGUAUGUGCGACAUAUACACAUUCACACACGGCGCGAGAGAAUCUGUAUUUUAUAUAUAUAUAUAUAUAUAAAAAAACAAAAAGAAAUAAAAACUGAAAAUCAAGACGUCUCGAGAAGCACAUUUCAAUCUCAAUUCCGCACCUCAAAAUGUCUAUUCGAUUAGCUCCAGUUCCAGUAACAGACGAUCUUUUUGCAAACCCUUUUAACAAAAAGGUCCUCCAUUAAUUACAGUCCUAUAAUGGCAACCUCUCUGACAUACAAGCGAGAUCAAAAGUGAAAUGGUUAUUAAAAAAAAAAUAACUCGAAUUAACGUCCGUCGAGGCGGUCAACACGACCGUUCGACAAAAUAAUUAUGAAUCAUGCACAUAUUAUGGUAGCUUCGCGAAAGCUUUUUUCAUCGUGGAACGCGUUGACGACAGGCUCUAUACAUAUAACGACGAUCACACUGAUAACACAUACGCAGACGAGACGAACAUUAUAGUUAAUGCCGUAUAAGAAAAUAAGAUAUACGUGUGUCUGUAAGUAUAUCGUGUAAGCAUUUAUCCAAUAACCCCUCCACCGAAAGACUUUCUAUAGACGUGAUUGUAUUUUUCUCCGGCUAUAUAUACAUAUUUUGUGUAUUACAACGGCGGCACGAUGCGGUGAUGACGACGAUGGUGAUUAUAUUAUAUAUUGUAUUUUCACGCUGCUCGACCGAAGAAUUGAUCUUUUUGCCGUCUCCUUCGAUUCUAUAUAAUACGUAUAUAUUAUAUAUUGUGUAAUGCAGUGAAAUCCCUAAUGGAAAAAUUGUCGGAGAUUAUUAUAUAACAAAAUCUAUCAGCACGACUCUAGGUUCGGACACAUAAAAUUUAAAAAAUGCAUUAAUUUCGCAAGUAUAUCCAUUGGUGCAGGUUAUAUUAACGCUUUAUAAGUCUACGUAAUAAGUCGAUGUUUUUAUAACUCGGUAUAUUAAUACACAUGUGUCUAUAUAUAAUCUGUAUUGACGUGAGUAUAUAAAUGAGUGAUGAAUUUAAUAGUUUUUAUAUAUCUAUAAUUUUAUAUCAUAAUACAGACGCAAAUUCUAAAGGCCAUCGAGAAAAAGUCUAUAUCUAUUUCGUUAACUUUUCAUUGUCAACUACUUAUUAUCUUUGCCAAAUAAAAUUUUUCCAUUAGCGGACAAUCGCAUUAUCUUUUUAUUUCCGCCAAAGUCGUAAAUGAUUCUUAAAUUCAAGUAUAUUAUCUCGCAAACGCGAUCCAAGUUCGAAUAAUUACACAUGUCAACAAUCGCGUUAUGCACGCGCGACAAACUGAUGAAACACACGGUCAAAUAAGUAUAAUCUAUAUAUUUUAAAUAGUCAUAAAAAAUAAUCUCUUGAAGACACGCAUUUACGUUUGAGAGAAUUUGAAGACAGAUGAAGAAAAAAAUCAAAAAAUACGUGAAAUUGGGGUAGACAAAAAUUUAAGGAUAUAAUAUCAAAACUCGUGCGACUGAUCUAGAGUGGGAUUUAUUUAUGUACUUAUGUGUAUACUCGUAUACUGCGCGAACUCACAUCCUCCUCUCAGAGAUGAGAGGUCGACUGAAUAUGUAAGGGAUCCUUUAUCCGAAAAGCAGAAUAGAUUUUUAUCAAAAUAUUAAAAAAAAAUAAUGAUGAUAAAAAUAAUACAAACUCGAUGGUGCUUAUAUUCUCAGACUGUGGAAUAGAAAGGGGUGAUGAGAGAAAAGAGAGAACCAAAGCUUUUAACUGUAAGGAUAAGAGAGGAUAAAUAAACAAUUGUAUUCUACGCAUGCA